GUUCGCGUGUGGUGCACACCAAAGAAAUCGCGGUUGGCUGUGUGCUGCAUCUUCGUCUCAGCUGUGCUGUAUAACUUUGCUCGAUUUUUUGAAUAUCGACUGAUACACACUCCCGAUGGAGCAAUAUAUGAACGAUGGCUUCGCGAUACAGCGAAUUAUCGAGGCUUAUUACAUCGGAUACUAUACAAUACUUUACGUUGUGACGCAUUUUCUCGUCCCGUUCACGAUCAUGGCCGUAUUAAACGGCUCUGUGAUAAGGACGAUAUUUGCAAUAUAAUGCAUCUUCAUAAAUGUUGUGUGUUAUGCCGACGAUCUCGACUACAACACCUAUACUGCGAUGUCACGAACAGCUUCGAUGCGAGUAAACAACAGCACAGGCGAUCUGCAACGGGCAGGCAGUAA